AUGAACAUUGUUAAAUUACAAAGGAAAUUUCCUAUUCUGACUCAAGAAGAUCUAUUUGAGACUAUUGAAAAGUUCAGAGCUAUCGAUUUAGACGAUAAAGGUUGGGUUGAAAAACAACAAGCUUUAGAAGCAGUUUCUAAAUCCGACAACAUCACUUAUGAUGAAGCAAGAGAAACUUUGAAACAAGUCAAUGUCGAUGCUUCUGGUCGUGUCGAAUUAGAUGAUUACGUCGAAUUAAUUGCCAAACUGAGAGAAAGUAGCGCAGGUGCUGCUCCACCAACAAGUUUUAAUGUCAGUGGUGGUUCCCUUCCUCCGGUGGUUAACAGUCAACAACCAGCUGGUUUGCAACAUAAAGGUACUGGUGCAAAAGCUAAUAUCAUUGUGGGUGGUUCUACAAGUGGUACUACUCACACUAUCAAUGAAGAAGAAAGACGUGAAUUCACUAAACAUAUUAAUAGUGUUUUAGCAGGAGAUGCCGAUGUUGGUCAUAUGUUACCUUUCCCAGAAGAUACUUUUCAACUUUUUGAUGAGUGUAGAGAUGGUUUAGUUCUGUCUAAGUUAAUCAAUGAUUCCGUACCUGACACCAUUGAUACUAGAGUUUUAAAUUGGUCGAAAAAUGGUAAAGAACUAAAUAAUUUCCAAGCUAGUGAAAACGCAAACAUUGUAAUUAACUCAGCAAAAGCUAUUGGUUGUGUUGUUGUUAAUGUUCACUCAGAAGAUAUUAUUGAAGGUAAAGAACAUUUAAUUUUAGGUUUGAUUUGGCAAAUCAUUAGAAGAGGUCUAUUGAGUAAAAUUGAUAUCAAACUGCAUCCUGAAUUAUAUCGUCUACUAGAGAAUGAUGAAACUUUAGAACAAUUUUUGAGAUUACCACCAGAGCAAAUCUUAUUACGUUGGUUCAAUUAUCAUUUGAAACAAGCUAACUGGAAUAGAACUGUCACAAAUUUCUCCAAAGAUGUAGCUGAUGGUGAAAAUUAUACCAUCUUGUUAAAUCAAUUAAACUCAAGCUUAUGCUCCACUGCUCCUUUACAGACGACAGACUUACUGGAAAGAGCUGAACAAAUUUUACAAAAUGCAGAAAAACUGGACUGUAGAAAAUAUCUGACUCCAAGUUCUCUUGUUGCUGGUAAUCCAAAGUUAAAUUUAGCGUUUGUUGCUCAUUUAUUCAACACUCAUCCAGGUUUAGAGCCAAUCGAAGAGGCUGAAGUGCCUGAAAUUGAAGAAUUCGAUGCUGAAGGCGAAAGAGAAGCCAGAGUUUUUACUUUAUGGUUGAAUUCAUUAGAUGUCGACCCACCUGUUAUUUCUCUAUUCGAAGAUUUAAAGGAUGGUUUAGUUUUAUUACAGGCUUAUGACAAGGUUAUUCCAGGUUCCGUUGAUCAGAAACACAUAAAUAAGAGGCCAACCUCUGGUGCUGAAUUAUCUAGAUUCAAGGCUUUAGAAAACACAAAUUAUGCCGUCGAAUUAGGUAAAUCUAAGGGAUUCUCUUUAGUUGGUAUUGAAGGUUCUGACAUUGUAGACGGUACAAAAUUAUUAAUUUUAGGUCUAGUUUGGCAAUUGAUGCGUAGGAACAUUGUCAACACGAUGCAAACUUUGUCAUCCACUGGUAGAGAUAUGAGCGAUGCUCAAAUUUUGAAAUGGGCUCAAGAGCAAGUUGUUAAAGGUGGUAAGAGUUCUACUACUAGAUCUCUAAAGGAUUCUUCCCUAGCAUCUGGUGUAUUCUUAUUAGACGUCUUGAAUGGUAUCGCACCAGGUUAUGUCAACUAUGAUUUAGUAACUCCAGGUAAUACGGAAGAAGAAAGAUAUGCCAAUGCAAGAUUAGCUAUUUCCAUUGCCAGAAAAUUAGGUGCUUUGAUUUGGUUAGUCCCAGAAGAUAUUAAUGAGGUUCGUUCAAGAUUGAUCUUAACUUUCAUUGCUUCGUUAAUGACUUUGAAGAAGUAA